GUCAUGACGCAUCAGCGGUCGCUGGGCAGUAAACAGGCAGCAGCUUGUCGAGAGGAGAAGGGCUACGAUGGUCCUCAUCAAGGAGUACCGUGUGGUUUUACCCUGUAGUGUUGAGGAGUAUCAAGUGGGACAGCUGUUCUCGGUGGCUGAAGCAAGUAAAAAUGAGACGGGCGGCGGCGAGGGCAUCGAGGUACUCAAGAACGAGCCCUACGAAAAGGACGGCGAGAAAGGACAGUACACACACAAAAUCUACCACAUAAAGAGUAAAGUCCCAGCAUUUGUCAAGAUGAUGGCCCCUACAGGCUCCCUUGUCUUCCAUGAAAAAGCCUGGAAUGCCUACCCUUACUGCAGAACCAUUGUGACGAAUGAGUAUAUGAAAGACAAUUUCUUCAUUAAGAUUGAGACGUGGCACAAACCAGACCUUGGAACACAAGAAAAUGUGCACAAACUAGACAGUUCCACGUGGGACGCUGUGAGUGUUGUGCCCAUUGACAUUGCAGACAGAAGUCAAGUGUCCAACGCUGACUACAAGCCAGACGAGGACCCCGCCACGUUCAAAUCAAAAACCCAAAAACCCCAAACACACCCAAAAAAAAAAAAAGAGCUGGUUAGUAACGCUGACUGCCCGCGGAUGUGUGCCUACAAACUGGUCACAGUCAAGUUCAAGUGGUGGGGCCUGCAGACCAAAGUGGAGAACUUCAUCCAUGAGCAAGAGAAGAGGAUCUUCAAUAACUUCCACCGCCAGCUCUUCUGUUGGAUUGAUAGGUGGGUGGAGCUGAGCAUGGAUGAUAUCCGGCGGAUGGAGGCAGAGACACAGAGGGAGCUGGACGAGAUGCGUGAGAAGGGCUCUGUGCGAGGCACAAAGGCUGCAGAUGAGUAGCCAGGCCAGGUGUAGGUCUGAGUGUCUUCGCAGACGGGGAGAAGUACGAGGAACCAGUGCUGCAGACGAAUAAAAAAAGGCCAAUCUUUAGUUUUUAAACUCCCACCAUGACAGCAGCGGUGGAGACUGCUCUGAGGGCUCCUUUGGUGCCAUUUCUUUUCUUUUUUUUUUUUUUACCAGAACUGAUUCAUGGGGAGGUGGGGGACUCUGCUACCUGCAAUCAAUAGAGCAGAUCCCUGACUCGCACCCCAAUCAUAGAGUUUCAAUACACCGAGGAAUUGAUUUUUCUAGAAACCAACCCGAUCCCAGCUGAUAAGACUCUUGGUUAUUUUUGAUCUCGUGGGCAGAGAGACGCCAGCUAUCAGCAUCAUGUUCUUCACAAUGACCAAGGCUUCCGGAGAGAUACCAACAGGAGCUCCUACACUAGAGUCUUCAUUGGCUGAUUCCACAGUGGCAGGCAGGCGUUGGACCAAACGUUUCCUCCUGUCGUAUUUAGAUUUUCCUUCUUUUUUUUUUUUUCUCCUCCUAAAACAUUCCUCUGAAGACGAUGCCCUGUCUAGCUUCUCUUUGUCUCCUGCUCGGUCUUUACCGUACACACUGUGGCCCAGUGGAUUGCAUUCCCCGGCAUGAGUCUGUCUGCUUGUCAUACUCAUGUUGCUUCCUGCCACAGCCUCCAUUAAGAGAUUACUAACACCCUUGGCGUCUUGGCCCAUUGUAAUCCCCCCCCCCCCCUCCCUCUCCCCCCGCCAAUCCUCCACCCAAAGCACUGCAUCUUUUUAACACUGACAAUCAUGCCCGUGCAGGUAUUCGCUCUCCCUCUCACACAGAUUUUAAUAGAACCCACACACACACACAUUCAUAUGACGCAUAUACGUUGACGAUAAACAUGUGAAUUCAUUCUCACACACACACACACACACACACACACACACACACACACACACACACACACACACACACAUUCUCACACACACACACACAUUCUCACACACACACACACACACACACAGGUGUGGAUGCCUUUGUGGUGACUGAUCUCUUAAAAGCUCAAGCUGGGCAGAUCUGUGCAAGCUUGUUCAGCUAAGAGAUGUUACUUUGGAAGUGUUUACAGCUCCCACUGGUUUUCUUUUUUUGUUCUCACACACUCACUCACUCACUCACUCACACACUCUCCCUAUUCUGAAGACAUUGACACAUAAUCUACAACGCAGCAUUCACCUCCCUAGCAGAUGUCCCCAGAGGAAAGAAAAACUGCACUGAAAAACAGCCACAGAUGGUGCUACACCCCUCCAGCCUCCGUCACAAGCUAAACUGCAGCGCAGCGCUCACCCCAGCUCACCCCAGAGGCCUGUCUCACUCCUCCGGUUCUCGGAGGUAAACGGUUUCCAAAAGGCCUCUCUCUUUAUUCUAGGUGUGUUUACAGAUUCGUAACAACAAGUCUACACCAGCACCACACGCUGCUUGCCUUAAUCUCCGGACCUAUUAUAUUGUUGUUGUUAUUAUUAUUAUCAUUAUAAUACCUAUCGUACCUCUGCUGCCAGCUAUUGCUCUAGCUACCUCCCUUGUUUCUGACUGGCAGUUUUCCUGACACCUAAACGUGAGCACAAGCCUAUCGGCCUGCUACUUGUUAGGACCAAAUCAUGGCAGGCGGAGCUUUACAGGCAAAGCCGUUUGUGAUUACCCCUUUAUUUUCUUCUUACGUGUGACCACCUUUUGUUUCCUGACAAGUGUCGAUGUGUGAAACUCCUUCAUCAAGCAAACGUAAGUAGCAGCGGGGCCGGCCUGUACACUACACCGCUGUUGGUGCUGCAGGUUUACAUCUUCGCCUCAGAUCUGGGGCUGCAACUAACCAUUCAUGAAUAGUUGAUGAAUCGUCAAUUAUUUUCCCGAUCGAUUAGCCGUUUGGCCUUUUUUUAAAUGGUUAAAAAAAUGUCAAUCAGUGUUUUCCCAAGCCCAAGAUGACACCCCAAUAUAUCUUGUCCAACAACUCACACACAAGAUAGUCAGUUUACGGUCAUAUGGGAUUUAAGAAACUAAAAAAUAUUCACAUAUAAGAAGCUGGAAUCAAGAGAAUUUUUUUACUUUCGGAUGACUCAAACCGAUUAAUCUAUUAUCAAAAUAGUCGGCGAUUAAUUUAAGUUGACAACUAAUCAAUCUUUGCAGCCUUACUCAGAUCAGCCGUUUGGAUGGAGAUGCCAUAUUAUUGAGUGCACUUUCUCCCCUUUAGGCCUCAGAAUCAUGAUCAUCACAAGUGUUAAAUACAUAUUUUAUAUAGUACAAGUGGUUCCCUCAUUUGAUCCUUGUUCUUUUUGUUUUUGUCAUGCGUCAGUAGGGAUGCACUGUAUCCGGAUUUUUGGGGUUCGGCCGAAUACCGAAUCCACUGGUUAAGAUAAUACUGACUCGUCCUCCCAUCCUCAGUCCAUGAACCCAGUAAACACAUGAAUGAAGUAAACAGGGACUGUCC